UGUCGCUCUAAGCUCGUGCGAUAUCAGUUAAAAAGGACACGAAGAUGCCGCAGCAGCAGCAACGGUCGGCUUUCGCGAUUCAGGAGCUGUUGGGCUUGGACGGUACCGGAAACAGAAGCGGCACCGAUCGCGGCUCGCCGCAGGGCUCGCCGCCCGCCGGAGUCUCGGCCGUUUCCUACGCCCCGGCUGCGCCUCAUCACUCGAAACUAUGGGAGUACAUGCCCAGCCUAAAUCAUUUAGGCAACUUGGGGAAUCUGGGAAAUCUGGGGAAUCUGGGCAACCUUACGGCCUCGAGGAUGGCCUAUCUGAAUGCGCAGGCAGCCGUGGCAGCCGCCUUUCUACCGCCACCCCACCCCCACCCGGCCCACCAUGUACCGCACCAUCAGGUACAUCAAUCAGGCCAACUUCCGGCUUCGCCGCCCGGCGUCAACCUGCAUCCCGCGGCACACGCGCAGCACGUACUUCCUGGUACGGCUGUUACCACCAAUCAUCAUCAGCACAGCCCGACUCAGCAUACGCCGCCUCAUGGAUUUUCGCAAUCGAAAGGAUCAUUCUCCAAUACGAGUCCAGGUGUUGGACACAACAUAGAAUCAGGGAAAGAUUUCACGGUGGAUGGACUCUCGGGUUUCAGUAAAAAAAAGAAGAAGAAACGCCGUCAUAGCUCCAGGACGAUCUUCACGUCACAGCAGCUGGAGGCGCUGGAGGCAGCUUUCAAGGAAGCCCAUUAUCCUGACGUCUAUGCCCGCGAGAUGCUGAGCCUGAGGACUGAUUUACCCGAGGACAGGAUACAGGUUUGGUUUCAAAAUCGAAGAGCAAAAUGGCGCAAAACAGAAAAAUGCUGGGGUAGAAGUACCAUAAUGGCGGAGUACGGUUUAUAUGGAGCGAUGGUCCGACAUUCCUUACCGCUUCCAGAAACGAUUUUAAGAAGUGCCAAGGAAAACGAAUCCGUUGCACCGUGGUUAUUAGCUCAAUCAUCUAAGACAAGCAGCUUUAAUCAAGAUUUCGAAUAUAAUCAAGAACUGAUUGACUGUGGACCUGUAGGGAUGCAUCGGAAAUCGCUUGAGGCAGCAGAGCAUCUCAAAUCCGGCGGAGAGGACAGCGGCAAUGAUCAGAACGGAAGCGGAAGCAGUCCCCAUCAUAAUCAUCAUCAAGGAGGACCAACCAGUUCGGAGAGUGGACAGGAGAGCCAGGAUGGUAUGGGACCUUCGUCGUCUACAAGUGUCGUGCAGGAUACGGAACAGCUCAGAAACGAAAGUAUCGCGUGCUUGAGGGCGAAAGCACAGCAGCAUCAAUUGCAAUUGAGCCUGCAACCAACAUCGACGCCACCGAGUGGAUCGUAUCCUCCGGCGCCACAGUCGAGCACGCUACACACUUCUGUUUAAUCACCAAGAUACAGACUCUUUUUCUGAUAGUUCCGUGUCCGAUAUUUUUGCUGUUGAUGCGGAAGCGCGUGUCCUGCCUGGCGGACUGUCGUAGAUAAAUCGGCAGCACCGAUUUCAAAAUCAGUGAUAUUUUUUUAACGAGUAUCUCGGCAAGGAUUGGUCCUUUCGAAAUAUAUGGAUCUUUUUGAGAUCACUUCUACGAUUAAUCUCGCAGCCAAACUGCAGCAAUGGCGUCGAUUGAAUAAUUCUUCGCGACAAAGGAUCUCGGAUUGCUUCGACACAAUUCCAACGUUCUACGUUCCUCGCGUCAUCAACAAGCGCAUUUCUCAAUUUUUGCGUCUGCAGUUAUUUACAAUACAUUUAAUCGACAAGCUCGAAGAUACACACAAGAUAUACAUACAUAUAUAUAUAUAUACAUAUAUAUAUAAAAUUACAACGAAGAGUGGUAAACCGACAGAUUGAGCGCUUGAUUUGCAUUAUACAACUCUGUAUGUGUCUCGCGUGGCAAUCAAGCAGGCCUAUAGAUCGAUAUAAAUUCACACAAUCUUCAGCAACGACUUGACGUACAAUGAUGAAAGCGGUGAUCCCAUGUUACGUUUCGAGAAAAUAUGAAAUGCCGUUGGAAAAUGCCGCGGAAUGAACAAUGAAAUUAAUUGUUAAGCUUAAUACUCAUCAACGAAUAAUAGCCUAAUGAUGAUCUGUAUAACAAACAAUAAAGGAUUAUCGAUCAGGGAAUCUUGUCGUUGACGAACGCAAGAGCGAACACUCGAAGAAAGAUUUUCCAGAAGAGAAAAGUCGAUGAUGAACGAUGCUUAAUUAAUCAGUCCGGUCGAUGAAUUUAAUGGAUCGGCGGAUCGAGAGCAAACGGAACUACCUAAUUAGAAUAUAAUUGCUUUUAACAGCACGAUUGUGUAUUUGUAUGGAUGUGUGCGUUUUGUGUGAGCGUACGCGUGCGUGCGUAAAUGCGUGCACUUGCACGCGCGCGUGUGUGUGCGCGCAUGUGAGAAGAAAAGAAAUAGAUUGAGGAGUGAUAAGAAAACUUGAAGAUUUUUUUUAUCUUCAGAACGCUAACCUGCAACGAAUGUUGAGCAACGCAUAAAAGAAAUAAAAGCAUAAAAGAAGGAAAGGGAGAUUGCGGAAUGCGUAGCAAGAUUAGAAAAGAUACGAACACACAUCGAAGAGAAACGAGCUCGAAGACUUCUACUUGUACACACAUAAAGAAAAACACCCCUAAGCUUUAUAAGUUUAAAAUAAUCCUGCAACCAUUGAAAGUUGAUUUGAUUGUUAAACUCACGUGUAUAUGAGAUAAAAAGAGAUAGUAUGGUAUGUAGAUUGGUACGUUAAACCAUGUAUGCGUGCGCGUGUGUGCGUGUGUGCGUGUGUGCGUGUGCGUGUGCCUGUGCGUGCGUGCGCGCGCGUGUGUGCGAGGGGAAUGUGAACGGAGUGUAAGUCAAAGAUUUAUUAGCGACGACUUCCUAUAUCCAAGUACUUAAAGAGAAACGUAACUGUUGUCAAAUGUGCAAUAUAUCGAUAUAAGUUCUAGUUCGGUAAGAUAUAUUAUACUUUAGUAAUGCCUACGCAAGGCAGCUAGGACGGCGUCGGUGUCUCGUUGGGCGAUUGUUAUAAACAAAUUUUACAAUAUAUGUCCCUCAAAGAUUGUAUGAAAUGAAAGCUGAUGGAAUAUUGUACAUCUAAUCCUUAUGCUUUCCAUUUUUGCUGCGAAUAAACUUAUCCCUGCGUGCACCGUCGUCUCGGGACGUCCGCUUCCUGUACAUAAAUAUAUAAAUAUAAAAAAAAUAUAUAUAUAUACAUAUGCGUAAAUAUAAAAAGAUAAUUAAAAUUAAACGUGGUUACGAGACACACUGGGCUGGACGAAAUUUUUUUCAGGAAUUUGAGUAGUUGAAAAAUUUUCAAACCAUAUUGUAAGUAAGAAUGAUUAAAAACAAAAGAUACUUGCUUUACUUUAUAAUUAAAUUUCUGCAAAGCACAUACAAUAUAAGUUAAAGUACGAUAAUCUCAAUCUAUUCUGUUUCUAAUUGCAAUAAUUAUUUAUUUAAAAUGCUUGCUGGAAAUUUGAUUUGAUGUAGAGAUCUACAUAAUUGAUUUAUUUUAAAAUAUGCAACACACAAAUGACCAAUUAAAACAUUUAUACAACGAUUUUUUAAUUUUUAUAAUAUGACAAUUUUCUAGGAAGCUAUUUAUUGACUGUUUCAUUAUUAUUAGAGGAGAGUUUCCUAUUAUGAGACAAACUCUUAAUAUUAGAUAGCGGGGUUUUUGCUAAAUUAAUAGCAUUAUCUGUUGGUUUCACCAUGAAUUUAUUGCCUUUAGAGUGAAGCU